AAGAAAACAAAACGUAAUUUUCAGUGCUGUGCCGACCUGAAGCAGCCAGCCAGCCAGCCAGGAUCCACAAAUGUUACAUCACGGGAUAAACGCUAGCUAGCUAGCCAGUGCUGCUUCUCGCCACGUCUCUGUGCCUGCCCGAUAUUUUUUCCCUUUCACGAAAGAGAAAAUAUCGCCCGUGCAUGCGCUUUUAUCCCGGGCUCCUGACACAUAGGCAGGAUUUAUCUCUCGGCUUCCAUUUUCGAAACGCGGCAAAGAUCUUCGCCAGCCUUUAAUCUGCGCCUGCCCAGAAGAACAUAUAUCCGCACAGCGCGCCGUGCUAGCUAGCAAGCAUUCCUGGCUCUCCCGUCAAGCACCACGCACGCACAUCGCCAGGCUCAGGGCUCCUGCUGGCUUGCUCCCGGCCGAGCGCUCAGGAGGGAGGAGGCGAUGGCGGCCGUGUUGGACGCGUGGCGCAGCAAGAGCGCGGCCAUCACGUCGUGGUGCGUGUCGGCGCUGUGGAGCGGGCUCAGGCGAAGGCACCGGCGGACGGCGUACGCCCUCGGAGCCGGUGGGCUCAAGCUCAGCUACGACGCGCUCAGCUACGCCCAGAACUUCGACGACGGGAGCUGCCCCGGCGAGUGCGAGCCCGACUUUACGGCCAGGUUCGCGCCCGCUGGAGCGCGGAGGCCGUCGAUCACUUGCUGUCCUUAGGAGAGCUAGCUCAUCGCUGUUUGUAGUUCCGGCCCGGCGUGUGUGGUGGUGGUGGUAUUGUUGUCACCUUCAAAGUAUGUCUCUCUCGCGUGCGUGUCUAGUUACUCUUGGUAGUAAUCGAGGUCAUGCUAGGUCUAUAUAUCUUGGCUGGAUGGGUGUGGGUGUGCGUGUGCAAGUAUUUAGAGUGGAGGAACCAAUAUUGUUUGGAUUAUGUGGACCGAUAAGCUCAAAGUUACUGUGCA